CAGCAGCAGGUACAGUAGGCUUCUUAUUAUACCAAGUUUGUUCAUUUCGCUCUCCGCGGAGAGAACCUCUAGCACUAGCCAGCUGGAUACCUUGAAAUACACCUAAGAUGCAUCUUCGCAAGACCCUACCACCGCUUAUCUUCUUCUCCGGUGCAUCUUCGUUUCCUCUGUUUCCGUACGGUAACAUCAAGACCGCAAUUGCGGCCAGCUGCCAAGAGCUCGCGCAAUGGUUUGGCUUGCCGCCCAUCCUUGCAAACGGGGAGUGGAGCGGCUGGAGCAACUCUUACCUUAACAACCGAUUCGUGGCGCACAAUGCUGAAGUGUCCUCGAACGCCAUCUCAUCUCUGACACAGCGCUGCAAGAUCAGCUUCGAAGAGGGUGUCAGCGCUCCGCCGGCAUUGUUGGGCGAUAUUGCGUACUUUCCGACGUGGUCAGGAGCAUUUGUCGCCUAUAACUAUGUUACCUGCCAAGCGGUCUGGCAAACCAACAUCACGGCUUAUUUGAUCGAGUAUGGCGUUCCAACUGUGGAACAACUCUCGUUCAUACCAGUCAGCUCUCGCACGAGCCCACAAAUUGAUCAGAAGCAGAAUGUUCUGUACGCUGGAUCGCUGCUCCACGCGCUGCUCUUUGCCAUGGACCUCAGGAGUGGUACCAUUUUGGGGCAGAUACCGAUCAACGAUCAUCCGCUUGCUAUCAUAACGCAGAGCCCUACGUUCUAUAACGGCAAAGUCUUUGUUGGAGCUUCAAGUUCGGAAAUCUCUGUUGCAUCGAUUCCCGGAUACCCAUGCUGCAACUUCACCGGCAAUUUUGGCGCCUAUACAUUCAAUCGAUCUACCGGGACCUUUGCACGUGAUUGGCUCGUCAACUCCAUUGAGAACGUUGUUAUCGGCCCGGGAGGUUGGGCAGGAGCAUCAGUAUGGGGAAGUCAGCCGUCCAUUGAUGUGCAGCGAUCUCAGGUCUUCUACGGCACUGGUAAUAUGUAGGGUUUGCUUCCUUUCGUUAAGCUUGGAGCGAGCAUUGUUCGCUGAUGCAGUAUCCAGCUAUACGGUCCCUGCAACCGUGCAGGCGUGCGUCAAUGAUGUGACUGCCAGGAACAGUUCUGACGACUCAGCAUGCUACAAUUACGCAGAUGUAAAGCAGCAGUCCAUUGUUGCAGUCGACAUCGCCAGUGGCCGUGUCAACUGGCAACAAGAGAUUACACCACUUGGUGCGUGGACGCUGGCUUGUGGUAUCCCGGGAUUGGCUCCUGCCCAACCGAGCUGUCCUCCCUUUCCCGGCCCUGAUGCAGAUUUCGGUAUGGCUCCGGCUUUUGUCGCCGGUGCUCAUGCUAACACACCGGGCCGCCGCGAUGUUGUAGUUACCGGAC